AGUUGUGAAUCUGCCUAAUUUUUAGAUUUCUGUCACAGAUGGACGGAGUGGGUUAGUUACUGAAAUAUCUGUGGGCCCACACCGCCCCGGGCACAGGAAUAUCUCGGUGCCCCGGGUCACAGGCAAUCCGCUUCCACGCCAGCCUGUUUCUUUCUACUGUCCUCCCACUCCAGCUCUCCCUGUGAGAGAAGAAGGAAGAUCGAGAGAGAAUGCCGGAACUCCCGGAGGUAGAAGCUGCUAGAAGGGCAAUAGAGGAGCAUUGUGUAGGCAAGAAGAUCAAGCGGUCGAUAGUAGCUGACGAUGACAAGGUCAUCGAUGCUGGAGGCCUCUCUCCCUCCGAUUUCCAGGCCUCUCUCACCGGCAAAACCAUUGUAGCCGCUUGUAGGAAGGGCAAGAACAUGUGGCUCGUUCUCGACUCUCCUCCCUUCCCCUCUUUCCAGUUCGGCAUGGCGGGUGCCAUAUACAUUAAGGGGGUGGCUGUUACAAAAUACCGGAGAUCCAUGGUAAAUGAUACUGAUGAAUGGCCUUCCAAAUAUUCCAAAGUAUUUAUUGAACUUGAUGAUGGUUUGGAAUUCUCUUUCACGGAUAAAAGGCGUUUCGCUAAAGUCCGCUUGCUUGAAGAUCCAGAAUCUGUGCCCCCAAUAUCUGAGCUAGGUCCAGAUGCACUAACAGAGCCUAUGCAGGUUGAUGAAUUCGUGGAAUCCAUGAGCAAAAAGAAGAUUGCAAUUAAGGCUUUAUUACUUGACCAGAGUUACCUUGCGGGUAUUGGCAAUUGGAUUGCAGAUGAAGUGCUUUAUCAAGCCAGAAUUCAUCCACUGCAAAUUGCUUCAAGCCUGUCCAAAGAGCAGACUGAAACUUUGCAUAGGUGCAUCAAAGAGGUUGUACAGUUAGCGGUUGAAGUUGAUGCUGAUUGCACCCACUUUCCAGUUGAAUGGUUGUUUCAUUUUCGUUGGGGAAAAAAGGCUGGAAAAGUGAAUGCACUGGAUGUUGGAGCAGAUGGUAGUCAGUUUCCCAGUCAAUGGAUUUUCCAUUCCCGCGAAAAGAAACCUGGGAAGGCAUUUGUCGAUGGAAAGAAAAUUGACUUCAUAACUGUUGGUGGCAGGACAUCAGCCUUUGUGCCUGAGUUACAGAAAUUAACUGGGAAGCAAUUGGCAAAGGCUCCAAGUAAACCAAGGAAGAAAUCUAACAAAAAUAGUGAUGAUGAAGAAGAAGACAGUGGGGAAGACAAACAUGCCAAGAAGAAAGGCCGGAACACAGAGCUUCAAGCAAAAAGGAAACCAAAAACCAGCGACGGCAACAAAGAUGAUGGUCAAGCUAAAGAAACAGUGAAGAUGACAAAAACCAAACAAAUAAAGGUGAAGGAGACAUCAAAGAAGAGGGUCAAAGCUAGUCAUGAGGAUGAUAAUGAAGAUGCUGAAGAUUCACCAAAGAAAAGAGCAAAGACGACAAAAAACAAACAUGAAAAGGUGACAGAGACAUCAAAGAAAGUCAAAACUAGUCAAACAAAUUUGCAGCAAAAGAGAAAAGCCAAGAAGUAGGAUGCUGAUACAGCAAGCCUUUUGAGUAGGGAGGUGAUUGCUACAAAUUUUUGAAGGUCUUCCUCCUUUUUGGAUUUUGGAUUGGAAGGAAUGGAGGGCACAAGGGAUGUAUUCAUGCUUGUGGCAUCUGAAUCCUUUUUGUCAUGGUUGUGACUUCUUUAAUACCAAAUGUUUGGUUU